AUGUCUGCCAACGGCAUUUCCGUGCCUGCCGCUCCCGGCCGCUUCGAUGGCAUCGUCCGCCCCUACUCCGCGGAGGACGUCAAGCGGCUCCAGGGCAGCGUGAAGGUGGAACACACCCUGGCCCGCAUGGGCGCUGAGAAGCUGUGGGAGCUGCUGAAGACGGAGGACUACGUGCCCGCCCUGGGCGCCCUCUCCGGCAACCAGGCCGUCCAGAUGGCCAAGGCCGGUCUGAAGGCCAUCUACCUGUCCGGCUGGCAGGUGGCAGCCGAGGCCAACACCGCCGGUCAUACCUACCCCGACCAGUCGCUGUACCCCGUCAACUCCGUCCCCGUGGUGGUGAAGCGCAUCAACAACGCGCUCCUGCGCGCCGACCAGAUCGAGUGCGCGGAGGGUAAGGUGACCACAGACUACCUGCUGCCCAUCGUGGCCGAUGCGGAGGCGGGCUUUGGCGGCCCGCUGAACGCGUACGAGCUGAUGAAGGCCAUGAUCGAGGCCGGGGCCGGGGGCGUGCACUUCGAGGACCAGCUGUCCAGCGAGAAGAAGUGUGGGCACCUGGGCGGCAAGGUGCUGGUGCCCACCAGCCACGCGGUGCGCAACCUGGUCGCCGCGCGCCUGGCGGCUGACGUGGCGGGCGUGCCCACGAUCAUCGUGGGGCGCACUGACGCGCACUCGGCCUCGCUGCUGACAUCCGACAUCGACGAGGUGGACCGCCCCUUCUGCACUGGCGAACGCACGCCCGAGGGCUUCUUCCGCGUGCGCUGCGGCGUGGAGCUGGCCAUCGCGCGGGGGCUGGCCUACGCACCCUAUGCCGACCUGAUCUGGUGCGAGACCAGCGACCCCAGCCUGGAGGAGGCGAAGGCUUUUGCCGCAGGCAUCCACGCCAAGUUCCCGGGCAAGAUGCUGGCCUACAACUGCUCCCCCUCCUUCAACUGGAAGGCCAAGCUGAGCGACGCGGAGAUCGCCGACUUCCAGCGCGCCAUCGGCGCCCUGGGCUACAAGUUCCAGUUCAUCACGCUGGCCGGCUACCACGCGCUCAACCACUCCAUGUUCGACUUGGCGCGCGGCUACAAGGCCACGGGCAUGACCGCCUACUCCGCGCUGCAGCAACGCGAGUUUGCCGACGCCAAGCACGGGUACACGGCUGCUCGGCACCAGCGCGAGGCCGCCACCGGCUACUUUGACGCCGUCAGCAACGCCAUCACCUCGGGCCAGUCCUCCACCACCGCCCUGGCCGGGUCCACCGAGGCCGCCCAGUUCCACCACUGA